AAAACUUAUAAUAAUGACUUAACCAUCUAGAAUAAAAAUUGAACCCUCUCUCUAUUUUUCCCCUUAUCUAUUUCAGACACGAUAAGAUUUGAAUUUUUCUGAUUCACGGAACUGAGGAAUGAAAAUAGGUGUUUCAUAUUUUUAUUCUCACUCAAACAAAUCAGAAGUUUCUUAAGAUCAGAGCCUUCAGACCCGUAUAUCCAGUAUUUGGGGGGAGAAAAUCAACCAUGAAAUAAAAAGAGAGAUUAAUUUUCAGUUCUUAAAUUUUGGGGGAGAGGGAGUUUCCAGAUCUAAAUCCGCUUGCAUUUGUCUUUGGGGAAGCCCUUGCGAGGUAGAGUAAUGGUGGUGGUAAUUUGGGGUGGGCUUGGAUCAUCGUCCCCAUGAAAUGCGAAUUCAGUGUGAUCCGCAACAAGGGGCAGUAGUUUAGGCAGCAAAGCAUCUCCCCAGUUUAAUUCAUGGUUGCUACCUCCCCUACAACCUCACCAUUUUGUCCUAUUUCUCCCACACCGACAUUCUUCGUCUGCAAAACCCUAGUUUGAAACCCUUGUUUUGAUGUCAUCCUCGAUGUUCAACGGCAACAGCAUUUCCAUUUCAGUGUCCGAUGACGACUCCGACGAAGUCGGUAAGAUGAGGGUCCGAGUCCGAAGAAAGCGCAAGAAACCAGGCUUACGAAUUAAGAACGACUUGAUCGGGCGGAUUGUCAGGAAGCUUUUGAAAUGGUGGAUGGUCUUGCUCUUCCUUCCUGCGGCUGGUUUGCUGCUUUUCGAGGCCUCCAGCAUCGGGCGAAAACCCGCCUUGGUAAUUGAUUCCCAGCUCUCUACGGCCAAGAAGCCGAGUUUCCCUUUAGAGAGGGAACCCAAUUCCAAUUUGAAUCGCCUCGAUCCCACUACUCGGGUUAUUGGUGGUGUCAGACAACGUUGUUUGAAGAUCCUACCUCCUGAAGAACUUCAGCAUCUAGAUAUUCCUGCAGUUGAAGAACCAACUAAUCUUGUUAAAAAAGUGGUGUACAUAUCACAGAAUGAUUUAACUUAUGUAGCGGGUAACAGUACCCUGCCUGAGCAGCACACAGAACCCUCAAGAUUUAAUAUGUUUACAGGAUACCAAACUCUUGAUCAGCGAGAGGAAAGUUUUAAGGCAAACGAAACUGCUCUGGUGCAUUGUGGUUUCUACAGUGAAAAUGGAGGAUUUAAGAUUUCUGAUGAGGAUAGAACUUACAUGCAAACUUGUAAAGUUGUGGUGUCUACUUGUGCAUUUGGUGGUGGGGAUGAUCUUUACCAACCUAUUGGAAUGUCAGAGACAUCAUUGCAAAAGGUUUGCUAUGUGGCAUUCUGGGACGAAAUCACUCGUAUGACACAGGAAUUACAGGGGAACAGAAUUGGUGAGAACCAUUUUAUUGGGAUAUGGCGCAUUGUGGUUGUAAGAGAUCUACCUUUCACCGACCAGCGGUUGAAUGGUAAAAUCCCAAAGAUGUUAGGUCAUCGACUUUUUCCUCAGGCAAGGUAUUCUAUUUGGGUAGACUCAAAGUCCCAAUUCCGCAGGGACCCUUUAGGUGUAUUGGAAGCUCUUCUUUGGCGUCCAAAUUCUGUACUUGCUAUUUCAGAACAUGGAGCACGUAGUAGUGUCUAUGAUGAGGCAAAGGCUGUUGUCAAGAAACACAAAGCCACACCAGAAGAAGUUGAAGUACAGUUGAUGCAGUAUCGUCAUGAUGGCUUGCCUGAGGACAAGAGAUUUAAUGGAAAGAAAGCUCUCUCUGAAGCUUCUGUAAUAGUGAGGGAACAUACACCAUUGUCUAACCUAUUCAUGUGCCUCUGGUUCAAUGAGGUGGUUCGUUUCACUUCCCGUGAUCAGCUGAGCUUCCCAUACACUCUCUGGCGGUUGAAAGUGCUCAAGAACAUCAAUAUAUUCCCUGUUUGCACUCGUAAAGAUCUUGUUAAUAGUAUGGGCCACAUCCGCAAGGCUAAACCUUUAAUAACUUCCCAUGGUGCUCUGGUAUAGCUUACACUUGAACUAUUCGAACUUAGGCAGCAAUCAUUCAUUAAUUCAUCUGUUGUUAAAAGGCUUUAGCGAGUUUGGUUGGGUCUGAUGAGAUAGGCCUCUUGUAAUUGCAUUUUAUUUUUAUUUUUUUUAUAAAUAUAUGGCUAGAUUGUUUAUUUA